AUGUCAACCGACGAGCAGUUCACAAGUUUCUUCCGCAUUCUCCUUCAAUUGUCUCCUGGAGACAUCGAUACGAUCGACAAUCAAUUGUCGAACUCCGAACCCAGCACGGGCAAAUCUACAGUGUCGUCGAAGACAUGCCGAGGAUCGGUCCACAAUAUGAACACAUCGAAGUCGCAUAUGGACAAUACGCCUCCGUGGCACCUACGCGGCGGACAGUCCAUCUGGCCUCGACGAGACAAAUAUCUUUAUCACGGGGCGCCCAAGGCCACCGUCGUUUGGGAGGACAGGCCCAAAUGGGAGCCUUACGAGCAGAACACCCUGAAAACAAUGAAUUUUGACAAGGGCAAUGGAGAACUUAUCGGAGGUGGACUGGGCGUCACGGGCCCAGCUGAUUCGUGA